UUUAUAAAAAAUAUUUUCUCAGGGUUUCAGAACAUUGGAAGAUUUGGAAAAGAAGGCAUCACUUUCAAAGCAGCAGAAAAUAGGGCUCAAGUAUUUUGAUGAAAUUCAAGAUAGGAUGAGUCGAACUGAGGUUGAAGAAAUUGCCCAAGAGGUUAAAGAAAUAGCGCUUUCCAUUUGUAAAGAUGUUGAAUUGAUGAUUUGCGGCUCAUACAGGAGAGGUAAACAGACCUGCGGAGAUGUUGACCUGCUUCUCAUCCGACCUGAUGAAGUGUGUUCGAAGGAACUCCUGACCUCCAUCCUUGUAAAAUUAAGAACAAACGGAUUUAUUUCUGAUGAUCUCACCCCACUAGAAUCUAAUGGAAAUCAUCAUAAGUAUAUGGGUCUCUGCAAAUUGCCUGGAGAAGGAAGAAAGCACAGACGUCUAGAUAUAUUUGUAGUGACAGAGCGUGAGAAGGCACCUGCGUUGAUGCACUACACUGGAUCGGCUCUCUUCAAUAGAUCGAUCCGUCUGUUGGCAUCCCGCAAAAGCAUGAGUCUAUCUGAGCACUCUCUGUCAGCUGAUAUUUUCAGAAAGGGUGCUGAAAAAUGCAAUGAGGGCAGGCGGAUAGAAACACCAACUGAGGAAUCAAUAUUUAAGCUACUAGGCCUGGAAUACAGGCCACCUGAAGAAAGAGACCACUAAAAGCAGUCUGUUAAUGUAUGAAGUCUUUCGAAUUUACCAGCUGAAUCUCCUUAUGUCAGUAAACUCUCAGUAAUUUAUUAUCGACAAAAAUCUUCCCUAGAAAUGUUGUUCUAUAAUUUCGAUACAAUAGAACCUAGAUAUACAGUGCCUUCAUUAUGUCGCACACAUCAAAAUAAACAUGUCUGUAAAAAGUGAGGUUUUUAUAUUCGGUGAGUGGCUUCAACAAGAUAGCAUCACUAUUUAUGUAUAUAAAACAAUAUAUGUAGAGUAAUUUAAUGUGUACAGGUUACAACAGGUGGAAAUGAAAUUAAACAUUACAAGAAAGAUUAUAAAUAUUAUUUUAGGGAUACUUCAACGAACAAAAGUGUUAACAAGUGCGGUAAAAAAAUAUUUGAGUCUAUUGAUGAACAAGACAGACAUUUUCUGAAUUUAUGUUAUAAAAUGAUUUUGUUAUAACUUUCAUAAAUAUAAUAUAGGCUACUUCGGCUAUAUGCAUUGUUGAUUUACAUAAUUGUGACCAACAUUUUAUAAAACAAGUUGAAAAUGUCUGCUUUGUUCAUUAAUACACACAACAAUUGGAUUUACCACACUUGUUGACGCUACCUUUAAUAACUUCUGCUUCAUCCAUUACCACUCACACUUGUGGGGUAGAUGGCAUCAUAAAAUUCAAUUUCAAUACACAUAAUUACAACUAUUCAGAUGGCAGAUAGAACAGUGACCACUUUUGAUAAAAAUUCAAAUCAUCACUCAUAAAUUCAUUCACAUUAUAAUAUGCCUUGUCACAAAGCAGCUUCCUGACGGUUCUCUUGAAGGCGGCUUCAUCCAACUGCUUCAAAAAGAUUGGUCAGUUUAAUCAAAAACAGUUUUGUUUCAUUGUUGCCUGGUCUUCUAUAGAUAGAGAUUAUGAGAGCAUUCAUUUCUUCUAUUUCAAUACAAGAUGCUUCAAAAAUAUUUUCUUCUUCAUCUACUGUUAAAUCAGAGCUAUCCUUAAAAUUCAACUCAGAUUUUACUAGAAUACAGGAUCCUCCAUAUCUAUUUUGACGGCAAUAAUAUGAUGCUAGCUUGAAAUUUUCUAACCUAUUCAAGAUGCUGAUAGUGACAUUUGUUAACCAGUGCUCAUUUAAACAUACAAUAGUAAUACUUUUAUUCUGAUUGAAAAAUAUGUUGAGCUCUUCUAAUUUGUUGAAUCUGUCAUUGUUCAGUCCAUUAAUAUUCAAAUGCAUAAAACACUUACCUGUAUUUACACUUAAAUCAGAGUCUUUGACAUUUUUAUGUGGUCUAAAAAAGAAUUGCUGUUUUCUGGAAAGCUGAAUCC